AUGCGCUCGCUGAACGAGUCCGCGUGCUCGGCGCUGUGGCGCGACGUGCGCUGGGACGAGCCCUCGAGCAUCGCUAGCCUCGCCGUGCUCGCGCUCAUUGACGUCCUCGUGGUCGCAGGCAACUGGCUGGUGAUAGCGGCAGUGCUCUGUUCAUCAAAGCUUCGCAGCGUCACCAAUCUCUUCAUCGUGUCACUGGCCGUCGCAGACUUACUCGUCGGUCUUGCCGUGCUGCCCUUCUCUGCAACUAGAGAGGUCUUUAAGAUAUGGAUAUUCGGGGACGUGUGGUGCUCGGUGUGGCUCGCUGUGGACGUGUGGAUGUGUACAGCCUCCAUCCUCAAUUUGUGCGCGAUCUCUCUGGACCGCUAUGUGGCGGUCACGAGGCCUGUCAGCUACCCUACAAUCAUGAGCAGACGCCGCGCUAAGGCACUCAUCGCCGGGCUAUGGGUUCUGUCAUUUGUGAUAUGCUUCCCACCGCUUGUCGGCUGGAAGGAUAAAAAGCCCGCCGGCGCAGAGCUAAAGGAAGACUGGUCGCCCAACCCACCAUGCAAAUGGACCUGUGAGUUAACCAACGACGCCGGCUACGUGGUGUACUCCGCCAUGGGAUCCUUCUACAUUCCCAUGUUGGUUAUGCUCUUCUUCUACUGGAGGAUAUAUAAAGCAGCAGUUAGGACUACUAAGGCUAUCAACCAAGGAUUCAGGACUACUAAAGGCAAAGGACUAGGCAACCGUUUUGAUGACAACCGACUGACGCUGCGCAUUCACCGCGGCAGGGGCUCGGCCAGGCCACACGGCUCACCGCUGUCUACCGCAUCUAACCACUCCACUAGCACCUCGCUCAGCGCCUCCCCUGAGAGAUUGCGAAGACACUCCAGCGCACGUCGUGCCCACGAGAAGAUAAAGAUCUCUGUAUCAUAUCCAUCUUCAGAGCAGAUAUGUCCCGCACAUGAGAACUCGCGCUCACCUAGUAGAUCGCCCAGUCCGUCUCUGUACGCGGUGCACUACGAAAGGGACGGGCGGGAACUCACCGAGAGCAGGCUUAGAGUCCGGCCCUCCCACCACCUGGCGCCCGGACCUCUCUAUGAUGAGUUUGAUGAUAAGCCGAGGACGAGACGGAUGGGCAAGAGGAAUAUUAAAGCGCAAGUGAAGAGAUUUCGUAUGGAGACAAAAGCGGCAAAGACACUCGGCAUUAUAGUUGGCGGCUUCGUUUGCUGCUGGCUGCCAUUUUUCAGCGUGUACGUGGUGCGUGCGUUCUGCGCACACUGCGUCACCCCCAUCGUAUUCUCCGUGCUCUUCUGGCUGGGAUACUGCAACUCCGCCAUCAAUCCACUUAUUUACGCGCUCUUUUCCAAAGACUUUAGAUUCGCGUUCAAGCGCAUAAUUUGCAAGUGCUUCUGUGGCGGCGGCGGGCGGCGGGAGUCUGACGGUGAGGCUCGGCGUCCGCGCCUUCCACAGGAACAUUCGCACUCGCUUGAGGACAACGACUCGAUACCACAGAGUGAUGUCACCAGGUGACGCCAAGCUUUGCGACGGCAAAAUGCUCAGUUCCAGUCGACCGUCGCAUGUGUCUAGUUAAAUACGUAUCAUGUAAAUUAUAAAACGACAUAGUCGCUUGUUAGC